AUGAAGAUCGCCAUUGCUGGUGCUGGCGAUGUUGCCAAAUAUCUGACGGAAGAACUCCUUCUUGUCGGACAUGAGGUUGUCGUGAUUUCAAGGCGGAAACCCGAGUGGUUUAAGCGAGACGACGUGGAUUUCAGAAUUGUUGAAUACGCAGUUACGGCGCUAACCAAGGCUAUUGAUGACUGCGAUGGACUUGUAUCAACCAUACUCGACUACAGUAUGCGGUUCGCCGAUGCCCACGUUGAAUUAGUGGAAGCCUGCAAGAAAUCACGGAAGUGCAAGCGGUUCAUCCCCUCCGAAUAUGCCGGAAACACCGACGAGUUUCCCGAUGAGCCUUGGUUUUACUUUGCCAACCACAAGCCGCACCGCAAGCUUCUCCGGGAACAGACGGAGAUUAAGUGGACGCUGUUCAACAUGGGCUGGUUGACCGACUACAUGAUUCCGAAACGGCUGCGGUAUAUCAAAGACAUUGGGGAGAAGCACCCCAUCAACUUAGACGACAAGACGGUCAUAAUCCCAGGCACGGGAGAGGAGCUUGUUGCGUUUACCUCUAUUCGAGAUUCUUGCCGAGCCAUUGUCCGUUUGUUCGACUUUGAUCAGUGGGAUCCGAUCAUCUACGUCUGCGGAGAGACAACAACAUGGAACAAGAUUGCUGCCACGAUGGCAGAGCGUGUCCCCGGUAUUACGGUUUCUCACCGCUCGCAAGAAGAACUCCAGAAAAAAAUCGACGCCGCCGAAUCGGAGGACAAGGUCAUCGCGGCACAAUACGACAUGUGGUCCAUUUCUGGUGCAGGUCUCUUGCCAGAAGGAAAGUUGACUUCUCAGAAGAAGAAGUACUUCGACGGAUUGCAGUUCAGAACUAUUGGGGAGUUUCUAAGCGAUGCAGACAAGUCUGAUGGGAAAAUUGCCGUGUAA